AUGCCGACGAACCUUACUCUCACGGCUUGUUCAUACCCUCUCUGGGCCAGCUACGUCGAUCGUGAGAUCCGUGACCUCGAACGCUCCUCGCCCGCUCCUAGCAUCGAGCAACUUCAACAUGCAAAAGAACGAGCCACUCUCAAGUUCCGCCAGAAGCUUCGUAUCGACAUCAGCAUUGCAUGUGCCGCGCAACUACGCAGCUGCAACGACGAGUCGUGUGACUGGACUACGUGUCUCACCUGCACUGAGGCUAUCAGGCGUGCCAGGGAUCAUGGCGUGGCCCACAGCACACCUUUCAAGACAGCAAUAGCCGAACGCAUCGCCGACGCAGCACGCCUGGCGAGCAAUUUACGCAAUCCCCCAAGUCCGACGGCAGUUAGCGCCUUCCUCCCGCCUCGCGAUCAUCUUACAGUCCGCGCUCAGGUCUCUAACCACGAGUACGGUACCCCGUUUCCUUCUCGCGGGCCAGAGAUCGAUAAGUUCCUCCACGAUGCGGACUAUGCCCUACACUCUGAGCAUGACGGCGAAGAGAUGGAUAACCUUCUUAACGCCGAGCACUAUGGAGAGGAGGAUAACGGCGAAGAAAUCGACGAUCUGCGCCUGCUCGAGUACGGCGAAGAAGAGGAUGAUAGCGGCAAAGAGCCCGGAGAUGACGAAGACGAGGUCGACGACCUGCGCCUACUCGAGUACGGCGAAGAAGAGGAUGACAGUAGCAAAGAGCCCGGAGAUGACGAAUACGAGACCGACGACCUGCGCCUGCUUGAGUACGGCGAAGAAGAGGAUGACGGCGGCAAAGAGCCCGAGGAUGACGAAUACGAGACUGACGACCUGCGCCUGCUUGAGUACAGCGAAGAAGAGGAUGACGGCGGCAAAGAGCCCGAGGAUGACGAAUACGAGACUGACGACCUACGCAUGCACGAGCACGAUAGAGGCCAUAAGCGAGAGGAUGAAGAUGACGAGAUCGACGAACGUGUACAUGCCGAGCACGAUACAGAAGAUCCCGUCAUAGUUAUCAGCGAUCAAAGCUCGGAUGACGAAGACGACCAGUCCGCCGACUUCCUCCUCCAAGACGAGUAUAAGGCGGCACAAUCUGUCGCACCUGUCCAUUCAUCGGCGGAGCAACACCACGGCAAUGCUGCUAACGACGGCGAAGACGAGGUCCAGGACCAAGAUGAGAGUGAGGAUGAUGCUGACGCCGCCCCUGACGACAGCAGCAUCUCCACCGAGUCCUUCCAUGAUUAUAAUCAAGAUCGCGCCGAUUUCAGGUUCGAGCCUGACUCUCUUUCUGAAUACGACAGUGAGGAUCAAAAAAUCAUACCUAUCGGUGUCACUCAGCUGCGAGGUAUCGACAUCCGCAAUGCGAUCAACACUCAACCGCCUCAUUACGUAAGAACUCCUCUCUGA